ACAGUACCAGGAGCCAUAGAAAGGAAUGAAAGCAUUGUCUUUUUAAACCAGCUCUGAUAGUAACAUCUCACACAGGCGGCGAACAGAAAACCCGGGUCAAAUCAGCCUCCCUUCAGACGAAGAGCCGCAGCCCAAACCAGGGCUUGAAGAAUGCAGGCAGCAAGCCCACCGCGGGGGGUGGUUUCCCAACGGUCCACCUAUAUGUGUAGAUACGGAAAAAGCAUCCAUUUGGAUUAUUAAUUGAAAAAUGCAAGGCCUAGUAUGCUUGUGUAAAGGAUUUUUGUAAGGGUAAAAGCAACUUUACAGCUGCCGAUUCUAGAAGAGGAAACGGAGGAUGAGGGUAGAGGGAAGAUACGUUUUAAAAAAGCCUUUACUGUUUGAAUUUUGUAAUCAUGUUCAUGUAACCCUUUUUAAAGUUUAAAAUGGCAUUUCUGUGUCAAAAUAACCUCCCGGGGUUUUGGUAAGAACUCUCCUGUCCUGUGAUGCACUCAGUGAGGGGGGCCGGGGCGCAGGUGUGGCCGUGUGGUAACGGCACUUGGUGCCGCUUGUGGUUCCUGACAGCUGUCCAGUGGUUAGGGUCCUCUGACAAAACAAACAACUCGCGUGGAGUACCGACUGCUCAGAACUACGUCAGAGAGACUUUCAAAGUUAUGUGAUGUCUACAUUUUAAAAUGACGGGUGCUGCCGCCGCCAUGUCCAGUUUCGAAGAUGCGGACACGGAAGAGACAGUGACGAGUCUGCGGGUCACCGUUUACCAUCCUGGCCAGAUGCAAAAUGGGAUAUUCCAAUCGAUAAGGUUUUCUAACCCAGAGAAGCUCCCCUCCAGCGAAGUGGUGAAAUUCGGCAGAAAUUCCACCAUCUGUCGCUAUACUUUUCAGGACAAGCAGGUUUCCCGAGUUCAGUUCUCUCUGCAGCUGUUUAAAAAGUUCCACAGCUCAGUUCUCUCUUUUGAAAUUAAGAACAUGAGCAGGAGGACCAGCCUGCUGGUGGGCAGCACGGAGCUGGGCUACCUCAACAAAGUGGAGCUGCCCUACAGGUGCAUGGUCCGCUUUGGCGAGUGCCAGCUCCUGGUAGAGAAGGAAGACGGGGAGUCCCUGGAGUUUUUCGAGACUCUCUUCGUGAUGUCUCCCAGACCCCUCCUACAGGAACACGCCUGGCCCGCAGGCAAGCCCACCCCUGAGCUCUGCAGGUCCCCAUCGUGGUGCACCCAGAGUGCGUGUCCGACGGAAACGGAUGAGAAUGAAUGUUAGCGCACGGGCAAGACCAGAGGCGUGGGGGGAGAGGGGGAGCGCCGUGCGCCAGGCGGCCACCUGCUGAUGCCGGGGAGUCUGGGGCCCAGGCUGCCAUCGGGGAGCCUGUCCGUCGUGGGAGGCACCGACUUGGUCACCUGGUGCUUGCUAGAUGGACUGAGGGUUAGUGCCCACAGCGUGUUGUGAUGAGUGCUGACCAAUAGGGUGGCAGUGUUUUCUCUUUACACCUGAUGUUAGUCCUGUGCUUUGCUUUGUAAGAACCAUCUCUUGGUCACAUCAUCUCACAGCAGCUGCUGGUUUUAAGGCCAAAGCUACAGGCGGAUGGUUGUGAUUGUUGUCGCCGGGCACCAGGCCUGGCGGGAGCGUGUGUGGUGGUGUCUGCGCAUCGCUGUGGCUUUAAUGUGGCUUAGUGUUCUCAAGAAUAAAGUUCUUGUCUAUAAUCAGCAUCUAAAAACAGUACUUAAAACAUUUUAAUGAACCACUGUGUUAAAUGCAGAAGUAUGUUUUCUUACCCAAUUUUAAACUGAUUUUUAUGUCCUAUUAAAAUGUUUUAAUUCCACGAAUUCCAAAUGUUAACAGCACCUGUGCACCUAAUAAAAUCUAAGUUUA